GCUCUUCACCGUAAGGAGAAUCGUGGAUUGAGGAACCGAAACAACCAGUGCACAUCCCCGGACUCAGACGAUGACAGCUACGAUGCUUCUCCACCUGUGUCGAACGUGCAGCAGCAGCCGCAGUUUCCUCGCCAAAGCCAUACCCCCGGCGAAGCGGAAAAGUUUUUCGCCAACCAACUACCAAACAGCUCGCUGCCGAACUCCAGGUUGAUGGAAGCCACUUCGUUGAACAGAGUAAGUGACCGCAGUACGGUUUACUAUCGUUGGACGAUCAUUACCUUCCGAUAA